GAGAGAGAGAGAGAGAGAGAGAGAGGUCUCUCACUUAACAAACAAAUCAGCAGCAGAUCAGCGAGCAUACACAAAUACACGCAGGCUCUGUCCUUCCACCUGCCGCGGGAGACACUUUGAUGGUCGCAGUAGGUUAAAUUAACCGGAUUACCGAGACGGACGCGAACUCCGCUCCGCUUCAUUUUAACGCGGACUUGCGACAAUAUCUAUGCAUUAUUUAGACUGAAAUAAGCCAAAAAUGACGGAGCUGAGGCGGCGAGGAGGAGGAGGAGAUCCUGACAGCACUGAAAACAUCAGUGACAAGGAGGCAGAUGGAGAUGACAGGCUUGCUUUUCCCGGUGAAGGGGAAGGAGAAAUGGAGGGCGACUCCAAAGCGGACACACCAGACGUGCCACCUUCCACUGAUAACACUCCACAGUGUCUCAACAAAGCCCUGGAGGGCUUGUCAUCUAGGUGGAAAAACUGGUGGAUAAGAGGCAUAUUGUCAUUGACAAUGAUCAUUGGCUUCUUCCUCAUCAUCUAUUUGGGACCCAUUAUGCUUAUAUUAGUGGUUAUGGGUGUUCAAAUCAAGUGUUUUCAUGAAAUUAUAACCAUUGGCUACAGAGUUUACCAUUCCUAUGAUCUGCCGUGGUUUAGGACUCUUAGCUGGUACUUCUUGAUUUGUGUGAACUACUUCUUUUAUGGAGAGACAGUGGCUGAUUAUUUCGGCGCACUCGUCCAAAGGGAGGAACCUCUGCAGUUUCUUGUGCGUUAUCAUCGGUUUAUUUCUUUUGCACUGUAUUUGGCAGGUUUCUGCAUGUUUGUACUGAGUUUAGUGAAGAAACAUUACCGCCUGCAGUUUUAUAUGUUUGCUUGGACCCAUGUGACCUUGUUGAUUGUGGUGACUCAGUCACAUCUGGUUAUUCAGAACCUGUUUGAAGGAAUGAUCUGGUUUAUUGUUCCCAUCUCUAUUGUAAUCUGUAAUGACAUCAUGGCCUACCUGUUUGGCUUCUUUUUUGGAAGAACUCCACUGAUUAAGCUCUCCCCAAAAAAAACCUGGGAAGGAUUCAUUGGGGGAUUCUUUGCAACAGUGGUCUUCAGUUUCUUUUUUGCGUACCUGCUAUCCCAGUACCAGUACUUUGUUUGUCCAGUGGAAUACAACAGUGAGACGAACCGUUUUGCGGUGGAGUGUGAGCCCUCAAAUCUCUUCAUGAUACAGGAAUACACACUUCCUGCAGUGGUGCAGAAUGCAGUUAGAUGGAAAACGGUGAACCUUUACCCAUUUCAGAUCCACAGUAUUGCGCUCUCUACGUUCGCCUCUCUGAUCGGACCAUUUGGUGGAUUCUUUGCCAGUGGCUUCAAACGAGCUUUCAAGAUCAAAGACUUCGCGGACACCAUUCCUGGUCAUGGUGGUAUAAUGGAUCGUUUUGACUGUCAGUAUCUGAUGGCAACGUUCGUUCAUGUUUACAUAACAAGUUUUAUCAGGGGGCCGAACCCCAGUAAGGUUUUACAGCAGUUGCUUGUUCUGCAACCAGAGCAGCAACUCAGCAUCUUCAAUACGCUGCGCAACCACUUAGGAGAAAAGGGCAUGCUGCCCCCUGCUGUGGAAGAAGCCCAAUGACAGACGUCCCCACAAAGCCAGAUCAUGUCCUGUUGAACUCUCUAAGCAUUCACCCAUGACUGUGAUGGCACGAG